AUAAAAUAAAACAGAAUUCUAAAAGAGCACAGAGCACAAAUUACAGUAAACUGUAGAGAGCUGCAGAAUUUUCCUCUCUCUUGUAGGGGUCUCCCCUCUUCUCGCAAGUCUCACACAUAAAUCUCCACGAUUCUUUUGCUUGGCGUUCUCGCAAUGUCAACGAUAGACCUCAAACUCUCUCGAUCCAACCGAAUCUAUUGUCCCUCUGAACCUCUUCAAGGCAAAAUCGUUAUCAAGUCUCCAUCUUCACUUUCUCACUAUGGAAUUCGCCUCACCGUCAAUGGAUCUGUUAACUUGCAGAUUCGGGGAGGAUCUGCAGGAGUUAUUGAGUCCUUUUAUGGUGUUAUAAAACCCAUAACCAUUGUGAAUAAGAGCAUCGAGAUUAGAUCUUCAGGCAAGAUUGAUUCAGGUACAACAGAGAUACCAUUUUCUGUAAUUUUGAAACAACCUGGAGAAGAAAGUUUAGAAAGGUUUUAUGAGACCUUCCAUGGAACAGACAUUAGCAUCCAGUAUUUGGUGACUGUAGAUUUAAUGAGAGGGUACCUCCAUAAAUCAUUAUCUACAACAAUGGAAUUUAUAGUUGAAAGCGAUAAAGCUGAUCUUCUUGAGCAAUCAGUUUCUUCCGAGAUGGCUAUAUUUUACAUUACCCAAGACACUCAGAGACAUCCACUGCUUCCCGAAUUAAAGUCAGGUGGUUUUCGGGUGACUGGAAGGAUAUCCACUCAAUGUUCCUUGUUGGAUCCUAUUAGUGGAGAGCUAACGGUAGAAAGAUCUGCAGUUCCCAUUUGCUCUAUUGACAUUCACUUGCUUCGAGUAGAGUCAGUUCUCCUUGGAGAGAAAAUUGUGACUGAAACCUCGUUGAUUCAGACCACACAGAUAGCUGAUGGAGAUGUCUGUUACAGUAUGACUUUGCCCAUCUAUGUUAUCCUGCCCCGUCUUUUGACUUGUCCAACUGUCUUAGCUGGUCCAUUUUCAAUUGAGUUCAAAGUGUCCAUUGUUAUCAGCUUUCAGUCAGAACUGUCCAAGUUGCAUACAAAAUCUGAUCCAAGAACUCCAAGACUCUGGCUGGCAAUGGAAACUUUACCGCUGGAACUUGUCCGUACAAAGUGAGGAGCUCUAUAUGAAGGCAAUAAUUUUUGGAUAACUUUGUACAUGAUUUUUCUAAAUUCCUCAAGUACAAUGAUAACAAUGCAAGUACAGCAUUAACUGAAUUUUCUGGGUUUUUUUGUGAUCAGCUUAUGCUUCCUCUCAUCUGAAAUAUGUUUACAAGAAAAGAAUUUAACUUUAUUGUGAAUAUAUAACUCUACUUCCAGAUUAGAAUCAUGUUACUUGCAUAUGGAAACUGUAAUCUGGUUAUUAAGAUCCUUGGAUUCUUAUCUUCUGGUUGUCAUGCCUGUUCUAUUCCAUGCUCUGACUAUUUGGCA